CGGCGGCGGCCGAAAUGAAAGUAAGCGAAGAGCAUCGAAACUUCCCGUUUCACACAAAGUCAAAUGUGUUUGUUGUUCCGCAUCUACGGCCUGUUGUGACAGGUAAGCAGACCGGCGGAACCGAGUCAGAAUCGGUGGCUGACUGACGGACUUUUGCAUGACGAAGAAGAAACGAUACAGACUUGAUGUGUUUCUCUUCAACUAAAAUGAAAGUGGAGCUCGGAUUUGUUUCCAAAUGAGCUGCUAUAAACGAGGCUCCUCGCUCCUACCGGCGUCACAACGCCCACUGCUCAGCUGAGGAAGAACCAGACAUAAGAUGGCUGACAAAAUCAUCGUUUUCAUUGACCUGGAGGCCACUGGAUUAGAUACUUCACGGUGUGACAUCAUCCAACUGGCCGCUGUCUGUGAGGAGAGCGUCUUCAAUAAAUACACUGUCCCUCAGCAAAACCUGACCGAGAGCGCCACAGAGGUCACAGGCUUCAGAGUGCAGUCGGGUCGCCUGUUUCGCCGCGAUUCUCCCGUGGAAACCGUCCCAAUCGAUGACCUUCUGACCUCCUUCAUCGACUUCCUGCGCUCCUUCCGACGCCCCGUAGUGCUGGCGGCCCACAAUGUGAUGCGUUUCGAUGCGCCUGUGCUCACCAGAGUGAUGAAGAAAUAUGACCUGUUCCUUCAGUUCCAGCAGGUGGUGUCGGGCUUCCUGGACACCUUCUUGCUUAGCAAGAGACUCUUCCCGGGCAUUAGUGGCUAUUCACAGGUGUCUUUGGUCAGGAACUUCCUGGGAAAGUCCUACGAUGCUCAUAAUGCAGAGGAGGACGCCAAGAUGCUGCAGGAGCUCUAUAACGUGUGGAGACCUGACCAGUCUAGGGUCAUGGCAAAUACUUUUAAAGUAAAUGAAAAGUACUUUUACUAAAGGAAAAAGCCUAAUAACAUCCCCUGAAAACGAACCGAUGUAUCAACAGAAACAAAACAGUUCUGAGUCAGGAUAAAUGUGGUUUCUUUUUUUGUCAUCAUGCACCUCUAAAUCAAUGGAAAUAUUAAUAAACAAUGAAAUGACAUGACGGUUAAAUUAUUUUUUUUGUAAUCAGAGAAUAGAAAAGAAUGAGACCUGUUUAAUUUAUUUACUCUUGUACCUGUGUAUUUUGUUGUUUCUGUAAGACGUAUGGCUCAGUUUAUUUGUACAAACAAUUAAAAUGUAACUUUCUGUACAUUCCUAAAACUUCUUAUUUACACCGAAUCAUAGAAAUCAUGCAGGGAUUUUACAUAGAAGUUUGUCUUGUGGUUGUCUUGUAAAAGAAAAUUAAAAUAAUUUACUGUAUAUGCUUCAUAUAUCUCUUAUGCACCAUAGUGUAAAACAAAACAAAAAAAACAUGUAGGGUCUUGCACACUGUGUAUGUAUCAUGGAUUUUGGGAUUUUAUUUUUGAUUAAAUACUGACAUUACG